GACAAGCUCCUCAGUGACGGUGCAAUAUAGUAGACGUAUUACAGUACGAUAUAGUUAGAAUUAGAAUUAGCAUCAGUGUUAAGAUAUUAGCAGCAUCAUUGACAAGAUCAGUGUUACUUAGCCUAGAUAUACUACAUUGCAUUACAUCAAAGGCAAACAGCAUGCUCCACUAUGAAACUGUCGGUUUGGGGGUCUUUUCUGCUCUUCUCUGCCUGCGAUUCGGUGACUGUGCAGAGGUCAUAGGAGGACAGAAGGUGAAGCCUCACUCCCUGCCCCACAUGGCUCUCCUGGAGAACAGCAAGGGGACGCGUGUCUGUGGAGGAACUCUCAUCCACCCCAAAUGGAUCCUGACUGCAGCCCACUGCUCAGACAUUAAGAAGGUGCUUCUUGGGGUUCAUGAUUUGAACGAGGAGGAGAAGAAUUUCCGGCAGGUCCAGAAGGUCACGAAGCGAGUUGUUCAUCCGUGCUAUGAUAAUAACAGCAAAGUUAACGACAUCAUGCUUCUGAAGCUGGGUAGGCCAGUGAAGGAGACCUUGUUUGUGAAACUCCUGCCAUUGCCAAGUCCUGUGUCAGAUGUUCCUGCUGGCACAAGUUGCCUGGUGGCAGGAUGGGGAGCGACCAAGAACCAGGGAGGCAUGUCUGCCGUGCUGAGAUCGGUAAACGUUACCGUCAUCGACAGGAUGGAGUGUAACUCGCCAACCUUCUACAACUUCAAACCUAUCAUCACCAACAGCAUGCUAUGUGCUGGUUAUGUGGGCAAAGACCCUGCAGAUUCCUGUCAGGGUGAUUCUGGAGGCCCUCUGGUGUGUGGAGGGAAGUUUGGGGGGGUCACAUCCUUUGGUGAUAAAUGUGGAAUCAAACACAAACCUGGAGUUUACACAUUUCUUUCAGAAAAAUACUUAAAAUGGAUCAAAAAGAUUAUAAAGUGACUGGUAUUUGAGCCUAAGUGAAACUAUUGAACUAAAUGUUUUUUAUUGAUAUGAUGGAGUCUUAAUAAAUAAGAAGUUUAAUAAAAGUGUUUGCACAAAAAUUGCACAAAAGAAAUGAUUCUAAACAAUUAUUUUACAUACAUGCCUCGGUCGGUAUCUUUCGGCCAAAGUAAAUUCCUUGUCUGUGCAAACUUUCA